AUGGACACCACAGGCCCUUUGGCUCCGGGACUGUCAGAGCUGUUGGGCCAGAGCACACACUCAGGCACCCGCGCUCCCCGAGCCAGAGACAAGAACAUGCUGAGCAGCACUGCGGCAGCUCAGACCUUAGCCAGUGUCAUUAAGCCUUGCUACGGUCCCCAUGGGCGCCAGAAGUUUCUGGUGACUGCUAGGGGAGAGACAGUCUGCACCGGCUACGCCGCGGCCAUUCUCAGGGCUUUAGAGCUGGAACAUCCCGCGGCCUGGCUCCUCCGUGAGGCAGCUCAGACCCAAGCUGAGAGUAGGGGUGACGGCACAGCCUUUGUGGUCCUCCUGGCAGGAGCCCUACUUGAGCAGGCAGAGCUUCUGCUGAGGGCCGGCCUGCCGCGCCCGCAGCUCCGCGAGGCCUAUGCAACAGCUGCGGCAGAGGUCCUUGCCACAUUGCCCUCCUUGGUGGUCCGAUCCCUGGGUCCUUUGGAGCACCCCUAUUGGGCCCUCUACACUGUGAUGAAUACCAACACUCUGUCCCAGACGGACUUCUUGACCAAGUUAGUGGACCGGGCAUGUUGGGCUACCAGGGAUCUGGAUGGGACCUUUAACCCGGAGCGCAUUGGUGUGUGUACACUGCGCGGAGCCACACUGGAGGACUCUUGUCUGCUCCCAGGACUGGCAGUGGCCGGGAAGCCCUGUGGACAAGUAACCAGGGUAUUAACAGGUGCCAGGGUAGCUCUGUUUGCCUGCCCCUUUGGCCCAGCCAGUCCAAAUGCACGAGUAACUGCUCGUCUCUCUAGCACUGAUGAACUAACUAAAUUUCGGAAAGGAAGAGAGCAAUUGGUAGAAAACCAGGUAACCCAGCUGGUAGCUAUGAAUAUUAAUGUGGCAGUAGUGUUGGGGGAAAUAGAUGAGAAGACCCUAACACGAGCAGAUAGGUCUGGCAUCAUGGUGGUUCAGACCAAAUCUCGAAAGGAAAUGGGAUACCUGAGUGAGGUGUUGGGCACACCUUUGCUGCCUUACCUGAUUCCUCCUCUGGUGCCAGGGAAGUGCCAGAAGGUCUAUGGACGGGAACUGGGAGAAAGUUUGGCUGUAGUAUUUGAAUGGGAUAGUCCAAGCACACCUGCCCUGACUUUGGUCCUCAGGGGGGCCACGACUGAGGGGCUACAGGGUGCAAAGCAGGCUGCCUACCAGGGAAUUGAUACCUAUUUCCAGCUGUGCCAAGAUCCCAGACUCCUUCCAGGGGCUGGGGCCACAGAGAUAGCUCUGGCUACAAUCCUUUCUGAAAAAGGACGCAAACUGGAAGGGCCUAGUGGUCCUGUAUUCCUAGCCUUUGCCAAGGCCCUAAGGUCUCUUCCUGAAGCCUUGGCAGAGAAUGCAGGAUUAGCUGUAGCCGAUGUGAUGGCAGAAAUACAUGGAGCUCACCAAGCUGGGAAUUUCCUCACAGGAGUGGGAGAAGAAGGGAUAAUAAAUGUGUCUCAGGAGCAGGUGUGGGACACCCUCAUGGCCAAAGCGCAAGGAAUUCGAGUGGUGACUGAUGUAGUGCUACAGCUUGUAACUGUAGAUGAAGUUGUAGUGGCCAAGAAAAGUCCCGCACAACAGCAGGACUUGAAUUCUGAUUUUAAAAAGGCAAAGAAAUGCCCAUCUCUUAUGAGAAAAAACAUCUUUGGAAUGAAUAAGUAG